CUGGCCGGAGGUAGCUUCCUUGACAUUUUUAAGAAAAUCGUCUUAUUUUAUACACUUUUACGUGUUUUUUUCAUAAUCAGUAAACCCUUAAUAACUAAGUAAUACAUUUUAAAUGCAAUGGCUGAUAGUGUAGAGGAUCCAAUGGAAAAUAGCGGUGAUGAAGACCAAGAAAUUGAUCGACCUCCAACACCAGACUACCAUGAUCACGAGGACAAACCUGAAGACGACGUUUUUAGUGAUAUUUCUGACGAUGAAGAUAAAGAAAAACUAGGCAGUAAACAAGAAGAAACUCCUGUGGUUACAGACAGCCCAGUAAGCGAUACAUCAGAACACGAUAAUAAAGAGAAAGAUAGUGAAGAGUUUAGAAAUAUUACUUCUGUUGACAAUGACUCAGAGAAAGAAGAGAUUGAAGCUGUUGACAGUGAAAAUCAUAAUGUUGAUAACACAGACACUAUGUAUAAUGAUGGUGAUGAUAAUGAAAAUGAUACUCUAGAAAAAGAAACUGAAGAAAGUGAUCUUACAGGGCAAGAAAAAACUGUUUCACCUGUUGAUAAUUCAGAAAGUGUACCAGACACAGAUGUUAAGCUUAUAACUUCAGAUGAAGAGAAGAACAGCUCUAAUGAUGAGGAAGAAACUGUAGAGAAAAAUAAAGAUGAUGAAGAGACAAUGCCUGUAUCUCCCAUAGGAUUAGGAUUAUCUGAGCCAGAUACAGAAAUAGUUGAGGAUAUAUUAAAGAAAGAUGUUGAAGAAAUAUGYGAGGAGAACUCAGAAGAAGGUAAAGAAGAAGACAUUGAAGAAUCCAAGAAGGAGGAGGAGGACAUACAGGAAGAUGAAGAAGAGAAAGUAGAAAAAUCAGUAAGUGACCAGGAAGAGGACGAAGAAAAGCCCAGUACAUCUGAAGAUAUACCAGAUGAUGAAAGAUCAGAGCCAGAUGAAGAGGGUGGAGACCAAUUGAUUCAAGAUAUCUUUGGUGCUAGUGAUGAGGAGGAAGAGUUUGAGGGCUUUGAUCAAGAUGAGAUUGAAAUUUCUCGACCCAAACAAGAUGUCCCCAGUACACCCUCGAAAUCCAUGAUAUCUGAUGAUGAAGAUGAAGGGGUCUCUGGUGAAGUAGAAUCCAUGUCUGUACCUAAACCAAAGGAUACUAAGGAGGGAGAGGAAAGUGAUUCAGAUGAUGAAGAAAGAAGUGUCUCUGAGACUGUAUGGGACUUUGAUAUUAUGAUGGAACAGAAAAAG